AGUAUGGCUUUCGGUUGCACAUCAGAGAGACAUCGAGGAUUUGCAUAUAAAUAUCAACAUACUCGUAAUAGCACUUCCAGUAGGAGGGUAGUUUUAUAGGGUGUAUCAUUUCCCAGGACCUGAAGGGACUCAUCGAGCGCAAUAGUGAUAAUUGUUUUUUUUUUUCGCUUAGAAGAAUAUUAAGUUAAGCAUCAUGAAAUACAUUAUUUUUAUCAGUGCUUUGUUGGUGUGUGGCUAUGGUGCUCCUCAAGGACCCGAUACGGAUCAGAUUCCCAUCAUUCGACAGGAGCAGGAGGUCAAUCCUGAUGGGUCGUAUCGGUGGAGCUAUGAGACCGGGAAUGGGAUUGUGGCAGAAGAGCAAGGUUUUCUAAAGAACGCCGGCUCAGAACAGGAGACGCAGGUAGCCCAGGGCGAGUACUCCUACACGGCACCGGAUGGCCAGCUGAUCCGGGUGCAGUACAUAGCCGACGAGAACGGAUUCCAACCGAUCGGAGAUCAUCUUCCCACGCCACCGCCCAUCCCACCAGCAAUCCAGCGAGCACUGGAAUACCUCGCCAGCCAACCACCAAGUAACGACGUCUCACGGAGGUUCUAAACCUAGUUGCAAAGUGUUAUAUCAAUCACAGUCACGAUUUCUUUCUAUAUUACACCAUUUCAUUCCUCGUGGCUACAUUUCUCUCGAUCUGUUUAAGAUGCUAUCGAACGAUUCAAGUGUGAAAAUUACCUGUAAGUUAACAAUAAAUCGAACCAAAAUUGAGAA